AUGGUUGCCGAUACUCUAAUCUACCACCCAACCGUCGCCCAUUACCUCAAAUUCGUCGCAUCAACCGUCGGUCGCGAUAAGCUCCUCCGAACCCUCCAAUACUUUUCCCGAUUCUAUGCCUGGUAUCUCCUUCGUACCAAUGGAACCUCCAGCGAAAUUGCUCCUUUCGAAGCCAUCAAAAAGCAAUUUGGACUUGCACGUAAAUUAAUGCGGUUUGGCAAGAAUGUCGAGCAUUUGAAAGCAGCUGCUAUCGCUGCGGAUUCUAAGAGUCUUGAUCCGGUAAUCAGGUACUGUGCUGUGGGAAGACAACUGGGAUAUGCCGGUUAUUUAACCUUUGACGCCCUUACGGUGUUGGAUGCUGCGGGCAUUAGAAAAAGUCCAUCAGCCAAGAGGAUACAGAAGGAGGCUUAUAGAUUUUGGUUGAUGGGACUGCUGUUUAGCACGGCAUCUGGAAUGUACUCUUUGUACAAUCUUCGCCAGCAAUCUGCGAGGAUCGAUAAGAAGGAUGGGGAAGGUGUCGUGACUAGCAAGAGAAUAGAGAAGGAACGCGCUGCAAUAAAUAUGCAACUCUUAUCGGACCUAUGCGACAUCACAGUUCCCAGUUCCGCCAUAGGCUUGGCUAGUUUCGACGAUGGUAUUGUUGGAUUGGCAGGAACUGUGAGCAGUUUGAUCGGUGUCUACAGUCAAUGGAAGAAGACUGCUUAA